UUAUUUUUAUUUAAAGUACUGAAUUCAAGUAACUGCAUGCAUUAAUUUUGAUGAUUGAUUGACUGUACGUAGCUCACAUGAUCAGCAAUACAUAAUUAUAACUGUCUGCAUGUUGUUAAAAAUAUUGCAAAGGAAAAAAGCAGCCUGCAAAAUACUAAUAUAAUUAUAAUUAUAGCUAUGAUUCUUAUCUGUCUCUUCUUCAUUUGUUCUGCUGUUUACAGUCUUCCUGUUAAAGGGGCUAACGUGAGCCUAUUUGUCAACAAUAAAGUGAACAUGGCUUGUUCGGUUAAUGUCAGUGUGAUGCUGAUUUGUGAAGGAGUGAAUCUCGCACAAUUGCAAUGGAGCUAUAGGAGCUCUAAUUCUCCUAAAAUAAUUAAACUUGGUACUUCGUUCCUUCCUGAUUAUCGUGCUAAUAUUACUGCUGUUGAGGCUAUCAAUAAUCCUGCUGUUUUGGCAGUUCAACUAGUCACUGUUUCCAAAUAUGCUGAUCAAUCACUUGCAAAUUUUUCAUCCCUUCUUUUUGUUGAUCUGUUGAAACUAGAAAAUCAAGAAAUUACUAGCAUACUGUGUGGUGAUGUUAGUACUUAUGACAAAAAGCUGGUAUCUGAUAUUAUAGUGUGGGAUCUUGUUAAUACGAAGAUUACUGCCAUGUACUGGCUAGGGGCUUUGACUAGUGUAGAAGUACAUCUGAGGAGUUUAUUAAUGUGUUCUUCAGUUCUUGUGUACACCAUGUCGAUUAAUGGAUCAGAUAAGAUCAAAAUUGUGAAACGUUGUGUCGGUCCGUUCUGUGAGGCCAGAUUUUUCUCCAUAAGAACCAUUAUGGGAGAGUAUAACAUUGAACUGAGUUUGUUUACUACUAGAUCGUCCAGGAAUAAUACAAAAGUGUACGCAUUUCUAAUAGGGCUCAAAAGUGCAGAUUACUUUCGUACUUAAGUUAAUUCAACUAACUGUCUCUAUUCGGUCAGUUGUGCAGUCAUUCAAAACGACUCUACUUGUACUAUACAACACACAACACUGAGUAAUCAGCCUAUUAAUGGCAUGGAAGUGUUGAAAAUUCCACAUUCAAGUCCUGGUACAGUCCACACAUUUGCGUUUUCAAUGGAGGCAAAUAACAAUUUAUUUAUCAAAGAAAAUAUGUCUGUUAAAGAUGGAAUCCCUGUUGAGUUUAAAUCAACUGCCAUUCUUAGCACAACUUCACUGUACCUUUUCUUGACGGUCAUUCAUUUCUUAUUACUACUUAUCGGAGCUUUUUGUAAGGUGAAGGUGUUUGUCUCUAGAAAGAAAUCUCUUGUUGUUUCUAUGGUGAUCCUACUCGUACUGCUUUUCAUUUGCAUUUCUUCACUAUUUGUCUUUGGGAUCAUUUUCUAUGGUACACAAUGCAGUCCAGUUAGGAUGACACUUCGCGACAGUAUGCUUGAUACAAUGUUAGUCAUUUCAUGUUUGGGAAUAACAAUUUUGAUUACUAUUUGGAGCUUUAUCGGACACGGAGUGUACAACCAUCGUAAAUUCACAUUGCGAUUUGAAAACAAAGAUACUUGCAUAGUUACAACACCUAGCAGAAAAAGUCCACCCUCCACACUUCCCAAACAAAGUAAAUCAGGUCAGCAUUCCAACAGUGUUUUGUACGAUGAGGUUGAUCUAGCAAAAGUCAAAGGCAAUGUCUCGGAUAUGAUAGAAGUUGAGUUAAAAGCUAACGAGUCUUACGGGCACACAGACAAGAGUAUUACGACUGCUUGCCCAACAUAUGCUACUCCAGAAUGCAACAGCCAAAAAGAUUUAUCAUUGAGUCACCAGUACAGCAAAAUCAAAGUGAAACCGAAAGCAAAGAGAAGGAGUGAGCAUCCUGAGCUAAUAAAUAUUGAGCAGGAGCAGAUAUUGCUGAAGUCUAACCAGUCGUAUGGUCAGCUAACAGGUGUUGUGGGUCAGAUAGGAGGGGGAUGUGAACUACUACACGAGUACGACUACGUGGAUCCUUUAAGUCAGUAGAUCAUUACAAGACAAUUCCCAAUAACUGCAGGUACUAACAUUGUACUUCAGUAUUGCAACUUGCAUUGCUUUCUAUAGUUUUAUUUUUAUCAAUAACAAAGCAAUGACUAUAAUAAUUAUUAUGUUGUUUAGUGGAAGUAGAU